UUCCCAUUAGUGAAGCAGAGGAGCCGUGUAUUCUGGAAAAGCUCCCUGGGAGAUUCUGAAGUGCAGCCCAGGAUAAGAACCACCGGUUCAAGGCAGGCCCAGAACGGCCCCCAGGCUCCUAAAAGGGGUGGCAGGAGAGAAUCUGGAAGCAGAUGAAUUGGCUCUCCAGGGAAGUGAGGAAACACUUCUUAUCAGCCCUCCCAUUUCCUUCAGGUUGGGGAAACCCUCCUUUCUCUGGGGAACUUCCUCCAAGACCCCUCUAUAAAAUGUCACUGCGGGAUGGAGAGAAGGAGAGUCUGAGCUUUGUGAACUCCUCAGGAGCCAGGAAGACCUCUGGGCAAAACAAAAGCCAAGAUGAAAGUCCCCCUACUUCUGGCUCUUCUAUUUGGGGCAGUUUCAACUCUCCAUCUGAGAGAUGAGGCUGUGCCUCAGGGUGGGGAGAUGCCAGAAAAUGAGGCAAAGGGGGCCCCUACAGGGGAGCUGACGCUGCUGGAGGAAGAGGAGGAGGGGUACUCGGGAAGUGAAGAUGCCCCUGAGGAGGAGAGGGCUGUAGACUCUGCCUCAGCCCUGGAUAAGGAGGAUGAGGACUUUCAGUGCCCUAAAGAAGAGGACACAGUGAAACUGGAGAACAGCCCUGGGUGCAAGAACUGUCACCGCUUCCUCGUAGUGAGGACGGCCAGGAGUUUUUCUCAAGCUCAGUUUAUUUGCCGGAGGUGCUACCGGGGCAACCUCGUCUCCAUCCACAACUUCUACUUCAGUCGCCAGAUCCAGUGCUCAGUCAGCGGGCUCAACCAGGGCCAAAUCUGGAUCGGAGGCUGGGGACCCUGGAAACGCUUUCACUGGGUUGACGGCAGUUCCUGGAACUUUGGAUACUGGGCUGCUGGCCAGCCCCAGGCCAGGGGUGGCAGAUGUAUGGCCCUGUGUACCCGAGGAGGUCACUGGUGUCGAACUCGCUGCUGCAGGCGCCUCCCCUUCAUCUGUUCCUACUGAGCUGGACCCAGCCAGGAGUCCAGAGCCGCCCCCUCCGGGGUACCUGCCUCCCCUCCCCUGCCUGCUGCCCCUGCUUCCAGCCCCCAGCAAUAAAACUGCUUUCCUGAAACUGA